AUGAGUUUCGCACACGACGAAGAGAGUGGCCCAGGGCGUGGUGGCAGGCACAUGAGUGUCUCUCACUAUGCCAACAACAUGGGAGCUCCCACGUACGAUACGACGAGACGAAGGUCUUCAAUCGUCCCCGCGGCGGCCCUGGGAGCACCACAGAGCGAGACAGUGUUCAAUCAGAAGGAUGAAACUCUUCGCAAGAUGUCCGUCGCCGUUCCCAACCUUGCUGAGCUCUCGGCCGACGCCAAAGCCGCUGCGGAAUUGGAGCGCAAGAUGGGUUUUCGCGAGGGUUGCCGACUAUACCCCAAGGCCAUCCUCUUCUCUUUCUCCCUUUCUCUGGCCGUCGUCAUGGAAGGUUACGAUACCUAUUUGCUCGGCAACUUCUUCGGAUUGACAACUUUUGCUCGAAAGUAUGGCUCCCCUGCAGGCAUUGUCGAUGGUGUUCAGACCUACCAAGUUUCGGCCUCGUGGCAAUCCGCACUUUCAAACGGCACUGCUGCUGCUCAGAUCAUUGGGCUUUUCCUCAAUGGUAUCAUCUCUGAGAGGAUCGGAUACCGCUGGACGAUGAUCGGCUCGCUGAUUUUCAUCUGCGGCACCAUCUUCAUUACGUUCUUCGCCGUCGAUGUCCAGAUGUUGCUUGCUGGUUACGUUUUGUCAGGGCUUCCUUGGGGAGUCUUCCAAACAUUGACCACGACAUACGCUGCCGAAGUCACCCCAGUUCCCCUUCGACCAUACCUGACCACCUACGUGAAUCUUUGCUGGGUUAUCGGCCAACUUAUUGCUGCCGGCGUCCUCAAAGGCUUUGUCAGUGCAACCGACCAAUGGGCAUACCGCAUCCCCUACGCCAUCCAGUGGGUCUGGCCUAUUCCCAUCGCCCUCGCCGCAUUCCUCGCACCAGAAAGCCCGUGGUGGCUUGUGCGGCACGGCAAACUCGAUCAGGCUCGUGCUGCGCUGCUCAAGCUGACCUCAAGGAAGAACACCGAGUUCAAUGUUGAAGAUACACUGGCGAUGAUGAUUCACACCAACGAGCUUGAAAUCCAGCAAACUGCUGGUACCACCUACCUGGACUGCUUCAAGGGUGUGGACCGUCGGCGAACCGAAGUUACCUGCAUCACCUGGCUCAUCCAACAAACCUCUGGUUCUCCCAUGAUUGGGUGGGGCACCUAUUUCAUGAUUCAGGCCGGCCUGAGCGAAGCCAACGCAUACUCCCUCGGUGUCGGCCAGAGCGCCAUGGGCUUCUGUGGAACCGUCCUGUCGUGGUUCCUGAUGCCACAUUUCGGUCGCCGCACCUUGUACCUCUGGGGCCAGAUCGUCAUGUUCGUCGUCCUCGUCAUCAUUGGCGGUCUUGGUGUGCCUAGUUUGUCCACCUCGGUCGGCUGGGCAUCCGGGGCUUUGAUCCUGAUUCUUACCUUCGUCUACGAUUUCACCGUCGGCCCCGUCUGUUACUCUCUCGUGGCGGAACUCCCAUCCACUCGUCUUCGAAUCAAGACGGUUGUCUUGGCGCGAAACGUGUACAACAUCAUGGGUAUCGUCGUUGGCACCCUGCAACCACGUAUGAUGAAUCCCACGGCCUGGGGCUGGCGUGGAAAGACAUGCUUCUUCUGGGCUGGUCUCAACUUGCUCGGCUUUGUCUGGAGCUAUUUCCGUCUCCCAGAACCCAAGGGUCUCACCUACGCCGAACUCGAUGUCUUGUUUGAGAACAAGGUCUCGGCCCGCAAGUUCAAGACUGUCAAGGUCGACCCCUACCGUUCCGAUAACCUUGUCAUCGUCCCAGACGACGAGGGCGAUUACUCAAUGGCGGAGAAGAAGGGUUUCUGA